AUGAUAUUUGUUUUUGUAUUUUUGUCUUUGAAUUUAUCUGUUACCUUCUUUACUUGUCUCCAUAGAAGGGCCUGUGAAGCCUGCUGCUGCUGGUGGUCUGCUGCUGACAUCUCGCUUGCUGCUGCUGCUGCUGCAGCUCCUGCUGCUGCUGCUGCUGCUGCUGCUGACAGUUGUGCUGCUGCUGCUGCUGCUGAGAUAUACAAAAUUGUUGGCGUCGCUGCUGCAGUGUCAUUCCGCCCAGCUACUAGCGGGCGCCUCGCUCCAGCAGCAGCAGCAGCAGCAGCAGCAGCAGUAACAACAGCGGCAGCAGCAGCAGAGGCGACAUCAGCAUCAGCACCAGCAGCAGCAACUGCAGCACCAGCAGCAGCAGCAGCAGGACCAUCAACAGCAUCAGAAAAAGAAGAAACAAAAGCGGCAGCAAUAACAGCUGCAGCAGCACCACCAGCAGCAGAAGGAGCAGCAGCACCACCAUCAGCAGCAGCAGGAACAGCAACCCCUCCAGCAACAGCAACAGCAGCAGCAGCAGCAGCAGCAGCAGCACAAGCAGCAGCAGCAGCAGCAAGAUACAAGGGUCGAAUGGUUCCGCGGUUAGCUAUGGCUGUGACCGUGCUGCUGGGGGCCCUGUACAGCCCCGUGGCUGCCUUCUUGCUGACCUCUCUGCUCGCCGCGGUGCGGUUCUUUCCCCAGCAGCUGCAGCGCAUGCGUCGUAUGGUUCACCCCAGCCUUUCGAGCACACAUGAGCAGCUGCAGCGCAUGCGUCGUAUGGUUCACCCCAGCCUUUCGAGCACACAUGACAGCAGCAGCAGCAACAGCAGCAACAGCAGCAGCAGCAGCAGCAGCAGCAGCAACCGCAGCAGCAGCAGCAGCAACAGUCCUUCAUCAACAGUUGAGGAGAAUACGCAGGUAGGAGCUGCAGCAGAAGAGAACCGUCUAUCGCGGGCGCAGCGGGGAGAGCAGGAGCAGCAGCAGCAGCAGCAGCAGCAGCAGCAGCAGCAGCAGCAGCAGCAGCAGCAGCAGCAAAGGAAUUGGGAGACGGAGACGGACCUGUUUCUUACUUUAUUAUUUCUGCGGGUUUCUCCUUUUCCUAAUCUUAUUAUAAAUGCACGCCCGUCAUAG